CCCCGUGUUGUGCAGCGCCUGUUACCCGCACCACCACUCUACUCAGUCUCAUCUUUCACAUAGCAUUCUCCUGAUAGCUGAGCGCAAGUUUCUCCUCGAGACCGAGACUGGAAACCCUCACCGGGGCCCCAAGAGUUGGACUAUCCUCGACUAUCGGGGCAUAUUAUUAGGGGAAGAUUUCGACGCAAUCUAGCCGCCGCCGCACAGUCGAGCACAGGAGACUCGGACGAAGAGAAACAUAGUUCUCGACAUGGGGAGAGAUAUCAGUCGGAGAGAUUUCGUUGACAUGAUGGACGAGCUGGACGAAGUCCAAAAGACGUCGGGGCGUGGGUCCAAGGACCAAGCGUUCUGGAACCCGCUCGUGUCGAUGUCGAAAAGAGACGCCGACUACAUCGACGACGGCGGCUCCGCCUGGGACUUCCCCGACUACAAUGGCGAGAAGUCCCGACGGGCUGGGACACGUCCGACCAAGCACCGUUCGCGCUCGUCUGCGGCACUCGACCAUGACUAUGACUGUGACUAUGACUAUGACUAUGACGACAACGACACGCUCGACCGCGGCCGCAGCAAGAAGACCCGAAAGAGGCGCGAGCCCCAGCGCGACAACAGCCUGCGAGACAUCUUCUCCCGGCUAAACAACAGCAACAACAAAGGCACGAGCAGCCACAAGGGCGACAUCGCGCUGUCGUCGGGCUACGUGGGCGACGAGUCGCAGAACUACACGGACCGCUCGCACUCCACGUACGUCAACAACAGCCGCAACUUCAUCGCGAUCGGCGGCGGUCAGAGGACCAAGAAGCAACCCCGGGGCCCUCGGACGGGCCACAACAGCAAGCGGUCGGGGCCGAGCGGUCCUAUCGACUCGUUCGCGUCUGGAGCCGGAGGGGCGGUCGUGUCGACGGGUGCGGCGGCCGCGGGGGGGAGUUGUGUCGUCAUGUGA